AUGUUCGGUGCCGCAUCCGUGCUGUGUCGGCUUGGGCUACGAUUCCACUGCGGGACGGAGUUUGGAUAUCGAAUCGUCACCGACUUCAUGGCGACGCUCGCUUACGUGGACCAUACGAACGACAGUCUGCUGUGCUCAUACCCGUCGGAUCCGGUGCUGGCGCUAGGCGCCACACGUGUGUGGUACAGUGCGUGUGAAGGCCUGUCGGAGUUUAUUUUGCCGCACGUCAAGCGCAACAUACGUCUUCACAAUGCUGGAGAUGUUGGUGUGAUUGUCGCUCGGAUUGUUUUCCUGCUGGUGAUGGACGCGACUAUCGUCAUUGAGGCAAACGAACCUUUCGACCUCGUUCGAAACUACGCUGAAUUCUCCUUCAUGGGCUAA